GCACCCGUACAUUCUCGACCGAUGAUCCAUGCUAUAAACGGUGAGGCAUCUUCCAAACACAACUGAAAAGAUGAACAUCAUUGUUAGAGUUCAACCAGCGUUCCACUCCGUGACUAAGUCGCGGAACUGAAAGUGGGCGACUAACCACCACCGAAAUGCAGAUCUCUGGGUAAUACUAUGUGAAAUACAAUCAACAUCCAAUAAUCUAAAUGUCAGUUGUGCUGCCCAUCUCAAUUAUCAUUCAGGUGACAUUUGCGGUGCUAACGAGACGGCUAUGACAAACAGUUCUGGGAGACGAAGCUUUCUCUCGCACGUUUCUCGAAAGGUCUCCUGUGACCUGGAGCCUACAGAUCUGUUCCUGGGUGAUUCGGGUUUACGGGAUGCGACGACAUGAAAACAUUUAUUGCCUACCCCGUAUAGCGCUUUUAGGUCGUGCCCUAUAUAAAGUGUUAUAUGAACUUUCACUGUCUCCAGCAAUCCACUGCUGAACCUCUCAUCGCGCCUCACCUAAAGAUGCGUUUCUUUAGCUCUCUCCUCGCUGUUGUCCCCGCUAUUCUUGCUGUCCAAGGUUCAGCCCUCGUCGCCCGCCAGAGCGGUGUCGGUGUUGGUGGAACCAUUGUCGCCCCUGCUGCUGGUUCUACCAUCAUUAAUGGAGAGCCAUUCCCCUUCCAGUAUAACAACAACCAUGUUUGCCAGGAUGGAUACAGCCCUAUUCAUGUCUAUCUCACCGCUACCGCGCCCACUGCAGCGGAUGUCAGCUCUUCUGGAACCAUCGCCAACGCUUUGCAUUACUUUGGCCUUUACACUAUUGCCAACUUCGGUCUCCCACCGAUGAAUAGUCCCCCACCGACCUUCACGGCCCCUGCUCUGUCCUAUGAGGGAGAGUUCUUCCUUGCCGUUGUCGAGACUUACCUCACCUGCCCCCCUGAUGGCCAUACCGCCUACGGUCUCUCAUCCAACCCUGUCGAGUACCAAGCAUGAGAAAUAUAUGUAAUGAGGACUUAAACUGACUCGAAUAUGUACAUGUACUAUUUCGGAGAGUAACACACGUAUCCUUUUGAGGACUCCUUAUCCUCGUUUAUUCUCUCCGUGUUUUGAGAAUCUGCAUCGGAUGCGUCUCUUUACUUAGUUCGGUUUGAAAUGGACGGUGCACAUCAUUCUGG